UGUGCCAUUGGUGCACUUAUGUUGGACAUUAAUAUUGACGUUCGGCAAACGUAGAUACAAGUUUUGAGUAUAGGCACUUCAUUUCAUAAGGGGAAAAAAUCAACACGGCAUGCUAUAUGUAGCCUACGAAUGCAAAAAAAAUCUUUCCCCAGUGAAAGUACACCGAUUACUGUGCUCGCUAAGCAACGGUUCUACCACGGAACAAGUGCGACCACGCAAACAGCGAGGCGCGCCCACAGAAAGGGGAGGGUGAGUGGGCACGAGUCAGUGUUGUCGAAGGCAGGCUUUAUGUCUUGCUAAAUGACUUGCUUGAGUUGGGGUAGAGCGUAGUUGGAGACAAUCAGACAGUACACGCAAACAGUCCACAGGUGCUCGUAGCCGACCGGGAAUAACGAAGGCAUGUAAAGGGAUGUUCUUGGACGGAAUGCGAUGUAUUGGUCUGAGAUGACACGAUGUCGGUUGUUUUUAACAGAAGAUGGAACAUGUUUUGGGAAAUUGUUUUCUCUUGUCUCGUAUCGUUUUGACCACCCAUUCAAUAGGCGAAGGGUCUGUUUUCAUCUAGUGUUCUGAAAACACGUAAGAUAUAAUAAUUCAGCAAGGACAGCGCAAUAAUCAUGCAUCUCUUCCGGAGCUACACUUACCGGGUCCAUCCUGACCGCUAUUCCAUGGACACACAGACUAUUCGAGGCAUCAGCUGGACUCCUUUGCCUGACACCCUGGACACGCAGAACACUAUGAAACAGUUUCUAUCAGAGAGGAUCAUGAAAGCUGCAAAAGCGGUGUCCAGUGCAUUAAUUGAACGCAAUCCAGUUCUGUUCAGAGAUCGAAAGCAUCACUUAAAAACAUACAGACAGUGCGGUAGUGGGAAGGAGUUGGUUGAUUGGCUGAUGAAGUUAAAUGACUGCCAAUCACGAAGCCAGGCUGUUGGCAUGUGGCAGGUCUUGGUGGACGAAGGCAUCCUAAUUCAUGUGAAGCAAGAGCUGAACUUCCAGGACAGAGACACGCAGUUCUACCGCUUCAUUGACACGGAGUUUGACCUCUCAGUGGAUGAGAAGUACUCAAAGGAGGAGGAGCUCCAGGAGAGUUUGUCACUGCUGAUCCAGAUGGGUCCUGAUGCUCUUCUCACAAUGAUUCUGCGCAAACAGCCGAAUCAGAGGAGUGCGGAAGAUCUGGAGGUGAUUUAUGAGGAGCUGAUGCACAUCAAGGCUGCUGCACACCUGUCCACCUCAGUACGGAAGGAGUUGGCGGCUGUGCUGGCGUUCGAGUCUCACACCAAAGGGGGCACAGUCUUGUUCAGUCAGGGUGACAAAGGGACUUCCUGGUACAUCAUCUGGAAGGGGUCUGUUAAUGUCAUCACACACGGCAAGGGUCUGGUGACUACGCUGCAUGAGGGAGAGGACUUUGGGCAGUUGGCCUUGGUCAAUGAUGCGCCCCGAUCUGCCACGAUCAUUAUGCGUGAAGACAACUGCCACUUUCUCAGAGUGGACAAGCAAGACUUCAUACGCAUCCUCAAAGAUGUAGAGGCCAACACUAUGCGUCUGGAAGAACAUGGGAAAGCUGUCCUGGUCCUUGAAAAGAGCUCCGGACAGGAGUUAACCAAUCAGGGCGGAGCAGGAGGCAGCAGCAAGUACACUGUGAUGUCAGGAACACCAGAGAAGAUACUGGAACAUUUACUUGACACAAUUAAGCUGGACACAAAUGCGAGCGACCAAAUAGAUCCUUCUGUGAGUGACUUCCUGCUCACCCACCAGAUCUUUAUGCCCUCUGGACAGCUGUGCACCGCCCUACUGAAUCAUUACCAUGCUGAGCCCUCAGAGGGCUCUGAGCUGGAGAAGGCGGCCUACGCCCUGAACACCAAGCAGAAGAUUGUGAAGUUGGUUCUCCAGUGGGUCUCGCUGUAUGGACUAUUUCUGAAGGACAACACUCCAGCGGUUGACUUCCUGGAGAGCCUGAAUAAAGAGGUGAUAGGCGACUCUCGCCUCUCUGCAAUGCUUCGAGAACAGCUCAAGGAGAGAAGGAAGAAAAUGCUAGACAAUGGACACCAGCCCUGGAUUAGGCAACAUAAUCAGCUUGAUUGGUUCCUGGGCUAUGAUAUCCCAGUCGGAAAGUGUCAGGCCAUCAAGGUUAAUGACAAAGUCCUGCAUGAGAUCUUCAGGCCUGACCACACAUUUGUGUGCCUGAUGCUGCCAGUGAACUCAUCUGUGCAGGACAUCAUGGAAGCCAUGGCAAAUACAAGCAGAGAUCACGUACUUGUCAAAAUGAACUCUUCAGGAGAUAGGGAGGAGCUCAAGCUGGAAUCCAGGGCUGUCUCCACCUCUCUGGGUCUGAAUGAGAGACUGUUCCUCUGCUCAGCCAACCAAGUGGAUAAACUGACACCCUUAAAGGAGCAACUGGGCCCUGAGGUGAACACCAUGGACACACUUGAGCAGAUGGGCUCCAAGGACAUUGCUAGCCAACUCACCAAUUAUGACUGGGAGCUGUUCACCGCCAUGCAUGAGACUGAGCUGCUCUACUAUGUUUUCGGGAGGGAGAAAUUCCCACACACCACGACUGCCAACCUGGAGCGCUUCAUGCGCCGCUUCAACGAGGUGCAGUACUGGGUGGUGACGGAGCUGUGUCUGUGUGUAGACCUGGCCAAGCGGGCCGCUCUGCUCAAGAAGUUCAUCAAGAUGGCCAUUGUGCUGAAGGAGCAAAAGAAUCUCAACUCCUUCUAUGCUGUGAUGUUUGGCCUGACCAACAGUGCGGUCACCCGGCUCUACAAAACCUGGGAGAGAGUACCUAACAAGACACGGAGGAUCUUCACAACUUAUGAGAGAAUACUGGAUCCUGCCAGGAACCACAGGGCGUAUCGGCUGGCGGUGGUCAAACUCAGCCCUCCUUAUAUCCCCUUUAUGCCUCUCAUAUUGAAAGACAUGACAUUCAUCCAUGAGGGAAAUAAGAACUACACCAACACUUUGGUGAACUUUGAGAAAAUGCGCAUGAUCGCCAGGACAUUGAAAAUAGUGACGGGCUGCAGGAAUCAAUCUUACUCAGUGCCCUCCUCACCACAGAAGGGCAUGACGGAGCGAAUGUUCCUGGAGACUCCUGCCAUACGUCUAUCCACGUAUUCCGAACAGUCGCUCACCCUGCGCAGCACCAGCAACAUCCGUCACUACGUCCAGAACCUCAAAGUCAUCGACAACCAGAGGAAGCUAACACAGAUGUCCAGGGACAUCGAACGUUGACAUUCCAUGCAUCAGAAGCACAGGGCAGAUUGUUCUGUGCCAUCAUUAUCAUGUAGAGGCCAAGCAUUGCACUGUGUCUUAUAUUACUGAGUCAUCAAGCUAUAUUUUACAGCAUCAUACAGCCUUUGAACUUGUUAAAGGGAUUGUUCACCCAAAAACAAAAAUUCUGCCGCUAUAUCCACAACGUCCAACCAAUGCUCCCCCAAUGGAUGGUUUUUCAUCAGUCCAGUUCAAAAUGUGAUAUCUGAUUGAAUGGACAUGUUCGAUUAGAAAACAUUGGCAAAGAUUCACUUUCAUUGUAUAAUGGAAAGAGUGGAUCUGUCAGUUUGCUGUCUGGCUGUCUAAGUUGAUGUGGUGUUUCACUGACAUAAUCAUGUGUAAAAAUGGCAAACAAUAGCAGUGUUUUCACAUUUGUGUGAACUAUCUGGAUAACCUACAGGUGUAUGAGCCUUCUCAGAACUGGUCUAGCUGGUAACAGUUGAGUCGGCCAGAAAAAAUUGCUUCCUGGCCUACAGUGCCCCCUAGUGCCUUUAUAGAGGCACACGCGAGAAUGCACAGUACGGCAGCACACCUGUGUACACGGCUGAAAAAUGCAAGUUAUGGCAACACAGGAUAUUAUGUUUAGCUUUGGGACCAUUCAGCCAUGGAGAUCACUGGGGCCGUGGAGAACACUGUGGGCUUUAUAUACAGUCUGAAGGUCGCAAUACCUGUAGUGACCAAAGGACUUGUGGUCAUUUUGGAUAGGAUGGAAAUUAUGAAGACAGCACAAUCAGUUUUGUAGUUUUUACAGUUAAAUGUAUGAGCAAAAUAUUUCAUAUCAAAUGUAUCAAAAGUUUAUUUUUUUCUAAAUAAAUUAUUGAAAACAA